AACGAGUAUAACUCGUCCGUCCAAGAUAACCACAGCCUUUUCUUCCCAUUCGUUCGCCCGGCCGCCUCCGCCGCUGCUUCGCUUCCUCCGCGCGGGCGCGGAUUCGCACCCCACCCAUCGCCACCGCGCGCGCGGUCUCUCUCUCGCUCCCUCCGCCGUCUAGAGUUAGGGUUUACGUUGCGCGGCCGGCGCGUCCUGCCGCGGCUCCCGGCGCAAUGCGGAGGCCACCGGCGGGCGGCGCGUCCUGCCACCGCCGCGCGAUCCAGGGGUUCGUGGCACUCUUCCUCUCCUACACGCUGUUCGUGCUGCUCCUCGAGUCGCCCCUCGUGUCCACGUCCUUGCCCGGCGCGGGGGCGUCCUCCAAGGCGUCGUCGCGGCCGCUCCACCUGGACGGCGCGGGGGAUGGGGAGCUCACCGCGCCGGCGCGGCCCUCGAAGCGCCCCCACCGGGAGACCCUCUCGGCGGAUGGGGCGCAGAGACGGCCGCGCCGGUUGUCGGGGAUCGUCUCCGGCCUCGAGCUCCGCCACCUCAACUCCACCCGGUCCGGCUCGCUCCGCAAGGUCGCCGCCGAGGCCGCGGUCGCCGGAGCCCGCGUGUUCUCUGACCUGCAGACUCUCGCGACGCCUCUAACGUCCUCGCAGGAUUCGUCCGACGAGGAGGAGAGGGGCAAGUGCCCGCACUCGAUCGUCCUCAGCGGCGACGAGUUCCGGGAGAGGGGGCAGGCGGUGGAGUUGCCGUGCGGGCUGACGCUGGGUUCUUAUAUCACGGUGGCCGCGACACCGCGCGCGGCGCACGCGGAGCGGGAUCCUAAGAUCACGCUGCUGAAGGAGGGGGACGAGCAGAUCAUGGUGUCGCAGUUCAUGAUGGAGCUGCAGGGGCUCAAGACGGUGGACGGGGAGGAUCCGCCCAGGAUCCUCCACUUCAACCCCCGCCUUCGCGGCGACUGGAGCGGCAAGCCUGUGAUCGAGCAGAACACCUGCUACCGCAUGCAGUGGGGCACUUCGCUCCGCUGCGAGGGAUGGAGGUCCCAUGCCGACGAGGAGACUGUGGAUGGGAUGGUGAAGUGUGAGAAGUGGAUUCGCGAUGAUGAAGGGCGGUCGGAGGAGUCAAAGACAUCAUGGUGGCUGAACCGGCUCAUUGGGCGCACAAAGACGGUCUCGGUUGAUUGGCCAUACCCAUUCGUGGAGGACCGCCUGUUUGUUCUUACUCUCACUGCAGGAUUGGAGGGUUACCAUGUCAAUGUUGAUGGGUGGCAUGUGACAUCAUUUCCAUACCGCACUGGGUUUGUGCUCGAGGAUGCCACUGGCUUAUCAUUGAAUGGGGACCUUGAUGUGCAAUCAGUGUUUGCAGGGACUUUGCCCACUACACAUCCUAGUUUUUCUCCACAGAAACACCUAGAGAUGCUGCCCGAAUGGCAGGCCCCUCCCCUUCCAGAUGAACCCGUUGAGAUUUUCAUUGGUAUCCUGUCAGCGGGCAACCAUUUUGCUGAGCGUAUGGCUGUGAGAAAGACAUGGAUGUCUGCUGCUCAGAAGUCCUCGAAUGUUGUGGCCCGGUUUUUUGUUGCCCUGCACGGAAGAAAGGAAGUUAAUAUGGAGCUAAAAAAGGAGGCUGAGUUUUUUGGAGACAUUGUUGUUGUGCCAUUCAUGGAUAGCUAUGAUUUAGUUGUUAUGAAGACGAUUGCCAUAUGCGAGUAUGGGGUCCGUGUUGUAUCUGCCAGAUAUAUAAUGAAGUGUGAUGAUGAUACUUUUGUUAGACUUGAACCAGUAAUGGGCGAAGUGAAGAAAAUUCGAAAUGGCAAAAGUCUCUAUAUAGGGAACAUGAAUUAUCACCACAAGCCAUUGCGCAAUGGGAAAUGGGCUGUUACUUAUGAGGAAUGGCCAGAAGAGGAUUAUCCAAUCUAUGCAAAUGGUCCUGGAUAUGUUAUAUCCUCUGAUAUCGCAGAUUCCAUUCUAUUAGAAUUUGUGAACCAUAAAUUAAGACUUUUCAAAAUGGAAGAUGUGAGCAUGGGCAUGUGGGUCGAGCGGUUCAACAACACCAGACCUGUGAAAUAUGUCCACAGUGUCAAAUUUUGUCAAUUUGGGUGCAUAGAUGAUUAUUACACUGCACAUUACCAAUCACCGAGGCAGAUGUUAUGUUUGUGGGGCAAGCUGCAGGCUGGAAAAGCACAAUGUUGCAAUAUGAGAUAGCAAUAAUGAAACUGGUGUUUUUGUGGUACUUGAACGUUUCUAUGGUGAAGUUCCCAUCCUUAUUCGCUGAGGAGUUGAUGAUCUGGAGCCCCCCAAGAUUCACAAACAUUCUGUGAUGAUAAAUUAAGCCCCCAGAUGACUAACAGAUGGUCAUAAUUUAACAAAUUUUGUUAUAGCUAACCGGGCUGUGUUUCAGCUGGAAACAAGGGGAAUGGACAGCAGCCUGUAUCGCCUUUUCUGAGUGAGCCUGUGGCGCUCUUCUUCUCUCAACAUAUAGACGAAGUUCUGUGGGCAGUAUUAGAGCUGCUCUAGGACUUCAUUUGUAAAUGUCAAGGGUAGAAAGCUUAGUUAAAUUAUCCUUGCUUUCGGUAUGAUUAGCUGUGGUUGCAAUCAUGGACAACCUAGUUGGUACAGAUGAGCAAUCUUGGUGGUGUACUGGUGUACAAGAUUUUUGCUAUGCUACUUCUCGUUAACAGAAUAACAUACUCAUAAGCUAUGACUUAGUUUAAGCCGAUGGCUCCUAAUUAUUUUGCACAUAUAUGCAGUUCAUGGAUUUGGAUUU